AUGCUUCGCCGCAACCGCGCCACCAUAGACUCGACCAUGCGAUCUCUGCUACGAGAGCGACUCCAGACCUCGAUAGAUGGUGUCGUCCGUGGUGGGGAAUGCUCUCGCAGCGUCGCCAACACCAACUCGCUCCUACGCUCCAGAGCUGGCGUCCUUGCCUUGGUCUGCUGGCUUGCUGCCUACUCGUGCUCUCCACCCGCACCGUCCCACCGUCCUGCCAUCACUCGGCCCAGACAGAGUCGACCGGACGCCUCCCGACAAGUUCUCAGCCUAGCUGCUGCGUCGGCACGUCCGAAGCAUACGACACACAAAGUCACCAGUGUGCCACGCAAGGCUGCGGUGCUUCGGAGCGUGCACACCUCGGCACGUCCGAGAUCAACACACCACCUUCCAACAACAUCACAGAACACGAGCUUGUUGACCUCCAAAGCGAAUCACGAAGUCCACUCGACAGCCCAGCGCGCUUCUCUCAGCUCUUUGUCCCAUCCGCACCCGCGAUCCAACCACUGGCUCGAUCGUCUCUCGAGCACGCUCUCAUCUCUAUUAGGAGCCUCCGAACAACGUUCAGAGCGCGAAAAGUCUCGUUCCGAUGCGCCACCUCAAGGCAGACAUCAACGCUCCCGUAAUAUCGGACGCAUCCACAGUGUGAUGCAGGAUCCGCAGAUCUACGACCCCAUCGUGUUGCCACGACAUCCGAUCGUGCUGUGCCACGGUCUUUACGGCUUUGACGUGCGCGGCCCCUUCCUCGGUCUCGAGAUCCACUACUGGGCCAAGACGCUCGACAUUCUGCGCAAAAAGAUGGGUGUGGAAGUGCUCGUGCACGGUGUCCCGCCCACGGGGUCGAUCAAGGAGCGUGCCGAGUCAUUGCACGAGUUCUUGAUGAGCGAUGAAGCAGAUGUUCGCGGCAAGAAGCUCAACUUCGUUGCUCACAGUAUGGGAGGCCUCGAUGUGCGUCACCUUCUGACCCACAUUCGACCACGACCAGAGGAGUACGUUCCCGUCAGUCUCACCACCAUCAGCACGCCGCACCGCGGAAGCCCGUUCAUGGACUGGUGCAACGCCAACAUCGGCAUCGGGAACGACUACAUCGAACAGGCGAUCAAAGAAGCCCGUGCGGAGCGUGCUCACCUCGCAGACAGAGACACGCACGGACCUGCUCGCACCACGACCAAGGUACCUUACUCGCUCAAGUCGCCUCUCUUCACCCGACCGAGACCGCUCGAUGGUUCGAGCAGCUUGGGCAAGAAGAACCUGCGCAGCGGCAAGGCUGAGGAGGCUCAGCGUGCUGCGUCGGACAACGAGUCUGCCACCGAAGCCUUGUUCUCAGCGGCAUCCUCGGUCGUUAAUUCUCUCACCCCGGACGGCAAGUCGACCGACACUGCAGCGGAAAAGGUGAAACAGGCGGUCAAGCAAGGCUCCAAAAACGACGGCUCCCUACCGUUCGGUCUGUCGUCCUUCAUCGGUUCGCUCUCCACCCUCACCGGCUCGUUCAGCUCGUACAUGCUCUCGCUGCUCGACACUCCCGCAUACGCCAUGCUGUCCACCAAGUACAUGAACGAGGUCUUCAACCCCAAGACACCCAACGUCGACGGUGUCAAGUACUACAGCGUCGCCUCGCGUACGCCCAGUCUGGCGAUCUGGCAUCCGCUGUGGCUGCCCAAGCUGAUCUUGGAUGCUGCCGCCGAGUCGAGGACUGCGGGCGGCGAGAUCGACGGCAGUGCGGAUGCGCUCGGUGGAGCGGAUCAGGGCAACGACGGGCUGGUGAGCGUCGAGAGUGCUAAGUGGGGCGAGUUCCUGGGCGUGAUGGAGGGAUGUGAUCAUUGGGACUUGCGAGGUGGGGGUGCGCCGCGGUGGAAGCAGAACAUCAAUCCGAGUACCGGAAGGCCGUAUCCGAACAAGGUUUCGGGCUCGGACGAAGCUGUAGCUACGGUUGCUGCGGCUGGGGAUGCGAAGCAGAGUGAGGAGUCGAGUUCGAACAGUUGGACGGACAUCAAUCGGUUGCUGUUCACAAAGUCGACGGAUGGUGUCGAUUCGAACGAGAAGCCGAUGACGGCGUUCAGAUCGUUCAAAGAGUUGGCGGAAUCGGAAGGCUGGAACGGCGUUUCGUUGCGCGAUCCCGACACCGCCGAAGAGAGCGGUGACGCUGUAGAGAGCAGCAAGGACGACGAAGGAGAGAACACGGCACUCUCGUCCUUCCACCCGCAGCAUCAGGACGACACACUCGUGCACGAGAUCGCCAGCUGGAUCUCGGAUCGCCUGCCGUCGGGAAACGCCGAGAGGAGGGCGAUGGCUCAAGAACGUGACAAGUUGAUCGAGCAAUCCGGAUUGACCUUGUACAAUCCACCGAACACUUCUGUCCAGGACAGCGGCAACGGUGGUAGGAACGAAACGGUCGAUGGUGGUGUCUCGACCAAUGGGUUGACGGAUUUCUCGACCAACGCCACGUUGCGAUCGUCGGUGACGCCUGCAUCGGCAUCGUUUUCGACGCAGCAAGUGGCAUCGGCUGCUUCAGCAGCGAUUUCUCACGUCGUCGGGAAACAGGACAUUGACGAAUCGCAAAGGGGCGCGGAGAAGAUGGAGUCCAAGAGUAGGUCCAACAAGGAGAUUCCGGAGUUGGAACGGUUCUGGAUCGCCUUGUGUCGACAUUUGCACAACGAGGGUCUUUAG